GUCGAGUGCAUUCUUCUCCUCCAUGUGGAGACUCAGUGUGUGUCUUGUUCUGAUUUUGUCCUUGUCAGCGAGUGGAUGUGUUUUUUGUCCUGAGCGCAUGCUGUGGAGGACAGUAUUUAACACUGAGUUGUUCAGGGCUCAAGUGUAUGUGUUUAUUAGAGCUCCGAGCUGCCACUGCUGAACUGCACGAUGAAGUGUGUGUGUGUUGUGGUGUUGGUGAUGUUGGGAGCAAAAGUUUUCGCGUUCAGGUUUAAGGAUCUGACAGACUAUGUAGAUAAACAUCAGGACGAGUACGUACAGACUCUGAGAGACUGGGUGUCUAUAGAGAGUGAAUCCAGUGAUGUCUCUAAGAGGGCGGAGCUACAGCGUAUGAUGGGUGUGGUGGAGGAGAAGCUGCGCAGUAUGAAGGGGAAAGUGGACAUGAUGGACGUCGGCACUCAGAUGCUGGAGGACGGCAGCUUCGUUCCAUUACCUAAAGUGGUGACGGCGGUGUUUGGUGCCGAUGAGAACAAACACACGGUGUGUGUGUAUGGACACGUGGAUGUGCAGCCGGCCAAGAAAGAGGACGGCUGGGCCACUGACCCCUACAACCUCACAGAGAUUAACGGAAACCUGUACGGAAGAGGAGCGUCAGAUAAUAAAGCUCCAGUUCUGGCCUGGAUUCAUGCAGUGGAGGCGUAUAAAGCUCUGAACAUGGAGCUGCCAGUGAAUGUGAAGUUCCUGAUAGAGGGGAUGGAGGAGACGGGUUCAGAUGGUCUGGAUGUUCUGGUGGAGGCUCAGAGAGAUGAGUUUUUCUCUGAUGUGGAUUGGAUCGUUAUCUCUGACUGCAGCUGGCAGAGUUCUCGCCCUGCUCUCACCUACGGCACCAGAGGAAACUGUUACUUCUUUGCUCAGGUGGAGGGGCCGAAGCAGGAUUUACACUCCGGAGUGGACGGAGGAGCCGUGAUUGAGCCCAUGACCGACCUGAUCGCAAUUCUAAACACGCUGAUCAGUGCGAGCGGUCAGAUCCUGAUUCCCGGGGUCACAGACGCAGUCGCAAACUUCACUGAACAGGAGAAGAAGAGUUACGAGGAGGUGGAUUUUGAUCUGGAGACUUACAAGAGCACGAUCGGUGUUGAUGCACUGAUGUAUGACAAUAAGGUUGACCUUCUGGCUCAUCUGUGGCGUUUCCCCACCGUCUCCAUCCAUGGCAUCGAGGGUGCGUUCUCCGGCCCCGGAACGAAAACCGUCAUCCCCGCUAAAGUCACGGCCAAAUUCUCCAUCCGGCAGGUUCCCAACAUGGAGCUUGCAUUGGUGGAGAAACAGGUAACAGAUCACCUGCACACCGUGUUCAGUCAAAGGAAGAGUCCAAAUAAGCUCAAGGUGAAGAUGAUUAUCGGAGCGAAGCCGUGGUUAGCAGACCCCAAGCACGCGCUGUACGAGGCCGGGAAGAGAGCAGUGAAGAGAGUGUUUAGAGUUGAGCCGGAGCUGAUCCGAGAGGGGGGGACGAUUCCCAUCGCUCGCACCUUCCAGGACGUCACAAAGAAAGACAUCAUCAUGCUGCCCAUCGGAGGCUUUGAUGACGGCCUUCACUCUCAGAACGAGAAAAUCAGCAGGUAUAACUACAUCGAGGGAACAAAGUUGUUCAUGGCUUACCUGCACGAGGUUUCACAAAUACAGAAGAAUUGAACUCGUCUACACGUUGGCCUGUGAUGACAUCCUUAAAUAAUCACACACUUUUAUGGAUGUUCUGACUUCCCGUUUGUUCAUUAAUUUUCUCCUUUCUCUCUCUCUCUCUCUCUCUCUCUCUCUCUCUCUCUCAUAUAUAUAUAUAU